CUGUCCACUGGGCAGGGCAGGGCAGGCCGCAGGCGUUAUCGGCUAUCCUCCUCCCUUCACUCCUCCAGCGAGCGCCCGGCUGCCUCCCCAUGGCUGCCGCCCACCUCCUCGCCGCCUCCACCUCGUCCUCCUCCACCGCCGCCUUCCGCCCCCCUCUCCGCCUCCGCUCUCCGACGCACACUCCUCAUCUCCGCCUCAACCGCACUGGGAGGCGCCCGUUCCCGGUGGUCCGCGCGGCCGAGACCGACGCCAAAGACGCGAAGCCCAAGGCCCCAGAGAAGGCGCCGGCGGCGGGCGGUUCCAGCUUCAACCAGCUGCUUGGCAUCAAGGGCGCCAAGCAGGAGACCGACAUUUGGAAGAUCCGUCUUCAACUUACUAAACCAGUGACGUGGCCUCCGCUUGUCUGGGGAGUUCUCUGUGGAGCAGCUGCCUCUGGAAAUUUCCACUGGACGGUUGAAGAUGUUGCAAAAUCUAUUGUAUGCAUGAUAAUGUCUGGCCCAUGCCUUACAGGCUACACGCAGACAAUUAACGAUUGGUAUGAUCGAGACAUUGAUGCAAUCAACGAGCCUUAUCGCCCUAUUCCAUCAGGUGCUAUAUCAGAAAAUGAGGUAAUUACUCAGAUCUGGGUGCUACUGUUAGCGGGGCUUGGAUUGGGUGCUUUGUUAGACGUUUGGGCAGGGCAUGAUUUUCCUAUUGUUUUUUAUCUUGCUGUGGGUGGUUCCUUACUAUCCUACAUAUAUUCAGCACCACCUCUCAAGCUCAAGCAGAAUGGAUGGAUUGGGAACUUUGCUCUGGGUGCAAGUUACAUUAGCUUGCCCUGGUGGGCUGGUCAGGCGUUGUUCGGAACUCUUACUCCUGAUAUCGUUGUUCUGACAACUUUGUACAGCAUAGCAGGGCUAGGGAUUGCUAUUGUAAACGACUUUAAGAGCAUUGAGGGGGAUAGAGCUCUGGGGCUUCAGUCACUUCCUGUUGCUUUUGGGAUGGAAACUGCAAAAUGGAUAUGCGUUGGAGCAAUUGACAUCACUCAAUUAUCUGUUGCAGGCUACCUGUUGAGCACUGGCAAGCUAUAUUAUGCCCUGGCGUUGCUUGGACUAACAAUUCCUCAGGUGGUCUUCCAGUUCCAGUACUUCCUGAAGGACCCUGUUAAGUAUGAUGUUAAAUAUCAGGCAAGCGCGCAGCCGUUCUUCGUACUAGGCCUGCUGGUGACGGCCCUGGCGACCAGCCACUGAUGAAAGCAUCCAACCUAGACUUGUGAUCGUUCGUAUUCAGGUGUGAUGAAAUAAGGUUUCAGGGUCCGUGUAGGUCGCAUUGUGUAAGCUCCUUGUGAGCAGGGUGGGGUCGAAAAAAAAAGAAAGAAAAAUCAGUUUUGUGAGGUUCAUGUGAUGCAGCCUGCCACGCUGGUGAUAGAAGGAAAGAUUAGCGACAUUCCCUGCUGUUGUAGUAGGUUCAGUAGAUACAAGUUAAGACGCUUAAGACCAUUGUAAAAAUUGUCAGCGGCUCAACCGCCUGCAGUUCAGCAAUGCUUUCAAUGAACAGUUUUGCGAUGAAAU